AUGACCCGAUUUUGUAAGCACAACCCACCAUCAUUUGAUGGGACAUUUGAUGUUCAAGCGGUGGAAGAGUGGAUUAAUCGCCUAAAGAAGAUCUUCAAGGUGCUGGACUGCUCAUCAGAGCAAAAAGGCCAGAUGGUGAUAUAUAAGCUGGAGAAAGAUGCCGAUCGCUGGUGGAAGAAUACUACAAUUCUUCUCGAUGCUCGAAACACAACGGUGACUUGGGAAGUGUUUCUGGAGCAGUUUUAUGAGAAGUACUUUCUGAGAUCUGUUCAGGAUGAGAGAGAAGUAGAAUUUCUGACUCUGAAGCAAUGGGAUGAUGAGCCUUUUGAUGAAUACUUGUCGAAGUUCAUCUGUCUCUCUCAUUAUUCAAGCUAUCUCCGAUACAGAGACGAUGAGAGGUGGACGACAGAGAAGAUAGUUCGAGGACUGAGGCCAUCAUUGAGGGAGAUGAUUGCUCACAGACAAUUUGAGCAGUUCAAUAAAGCAGUGGAAGCUUGCCGAAUCACGAAAAGCAGCUUCAACCAUCAUUUGAUGGUCAAGACAACUCCCAGAGCUGAGAAGGGAGGUUAA